AUUUAACCUUUUGUCUCUGGAAGAUCAAGAAACUGUGACUUUGCUUUUUGCCUUAGUUUCUGAGUACAAUGUUAGCAAAAUACUAUUACUGUUUGACUUUUUCUUUACUUUGAGUGGUUGUCUAGGUGGAGGCCUCAUUGAUCUUAUUAGUUGUCUACUAAGGUGUAGCAAGUUCCCACUGUGGAACUAUGCUGCAUUAUCCAAGAGCUUCAUACAGUUUUGCUGCCAUUUAUCAUGAUGUUAGAGUAUUUUACUUCCUCUGCACAUUCAUCUUUCAUUUAAGGGGUUAAAGAUUCCAUGCUGAUCAUUCUGGUUUCCCUUGUCUUCCCUGAGUUUCACAAAUAGAUGCCUAGUGUCUAAAUUUCCUUUGCUGUAUUACUCAGAUUGUUCUUGAUAGCCCACCUACUGUUGACAAUGGCAGCAUUUACUCUCCUUUAAUCUACCACUUAAACCUGGCUUCCGGAAAUUCUCUGCAGGAAUCGCCAUGACCCCAGCUUUGAGGGAGGCAACAACAAAGGGAAUCUGCUUUUCAUCUUUGCCAAGUGCCAUGGAGUCUGACAAGAUGCUAUGCAUUGAAAGUCCAAGAAUUGUGGAUGAAAAGCUAACGCGAGACACUUUCUCUCAGAUGCUGGGAUUUCCUACUUCUGAAUCUACUCUUAAUACUAAUUUUGUGAAUUUAAAACAUUUUGGCUCCCCACAGUCUUCAAAACAUUAUCAGACGGUGAUUUUAAUGAGUUCUAAUUCCGCAUUAAAUAAAUACACUGAGAGUUACAACCAAAAGGCAUCAGGGGAGCCCAGUUGCAAUAAACUGAAAAGCAUAUUGUGUAAUGGCAAAAACAUUCAGUUAAGUAAAAUCUGCCAUUCUCACUCUGAAGAGUUCCUCACAAAAGAACCUCUAUCAGAUACCACAAGUCAGUGCAUGAAAGAUAUACAAAUUAUUUUGGACUCAAAUAUAAAUAUAUCCAAAGACACAAAUGCAGAUAAAAUGCAACUGCAAAACUGUAAAUGGUACCAAAAGAAGGCACUUUUGGAUAAGCUUAGUGAUGCCGAGAUUAAAAAGGGUUCAUUGAACUGUGCUCAAAAGAAAAUUGGACCUGGCCACUCAAAUGUUCUUAUUAGUUCCACAGCUGCUGAAAAAGAGGAGGAAGUGAAUGCUCGGCUACUUCAUUGUGUAAGCAAACAGAAAAUUUUACUUAGCCAGGCUAGAAGAACUCAGAAACAUUUGCAGAUGCUCCUGGCAAAGCAUGUUGUUAAGCACUAUGGUCAGCAAAUGAAAUUUUCUGUGAAACAUCAGCUCCCCAACAUGAAGAUCUUUCAUGAACCUACCACAAUUAUGGAUAAUACUUCACCUAAAUGCACUGAAGUUAAGCCAGAAGUUAAUAUAUUGACUGCAGAGAAUAAAUUGUGGAAUGAUACAAAAAAUGGCUUUGCACAGUGUACAGCUGCAGAAAUCCAAAGAUUUGCACUGUCUGCUACAGGGUUGUUGUCUCAUGUUGAAGAGGGGCUGGAUUCUGAUGCUACUGAUAGCAGCUCUGAUGACGAUUUGGAUGAAUAUGCCAUUAGAAAAAAUGUGGCAGUUAACUGUAGUACUGAAUGGAAGUGGCUUGUAGACAGAGCAAGAGUUGGCAGCCGAUGGACUUGGCUUCAAGCCCAGAUUUCAGAGCUAGAAUACAAAAUCCAACAACUAACCGACAUUCACAGGCAUAUUCGUGCUUCCAAGGGGAUAGUGAUUCUAGAAGAAUGUCAAGUUCCAAAAGACAAUCUGAAAAAACAAACACAAUAUGCAGAUCAAGCAGCUUCGUUAAACACUGCAGGGAAUCCUCAGAUUUCCCAGGAGAGUCAAGAUCCUUUCCCAGAACAAGAUUUUGAGAUGUCACCCAGCAGUCCUACAUUACUUCUUCGAAACAUAGAAAAACAGAGUGCACAGUUAACUGAGAUCAUCAACAGUUUGAUUGCCCCUCUCAACUUGUCCCCAACUUCAUCACCCCUCUCUUCUAAAUCCUGUAGCCAUAAAUGUCUGGCUAAUGGCAUUUCCAAGAGUGCUUCAGAGAAUUUAGAUGAGCUCUCUUCCUCCAAUAGCUGGUUACUUAACCAGAGGCACAGUAAGAAAAGGAGAAAAGACAGGACAAGAUUGAAAUCUCCAUCCUUGACUAUCACGAAUACAGCAGCCCGAACAAGGCCACUUCAAAGUUUCCACAAACGAAAACUCUACAGAUUGAGCCCUACUUUUUAUUGGACUCCACAGACUUUGCCUUCAAAAGAAGCAACACUUUUAAAUACUACACAAAUGCCAUCUUGUCUACAGUCAGCUUCAGCUUGGAGUAGUUAUGAACACAACCCAGACUCUCAGAUAUUAAGAGAACAUGUAUCAGAGUUAGAUCCUGCUUUUCAUUCUGUCCUAUCAUUGCCAUCAGAUGUGCCUCUUCAUUUUCACUUUGAAACGUUAUUUAAAAAGACUGAAAUAAAAGGAGAUCUUGAUGAAAAUAAAUUUUUAGGCGACUGUGUCAUAGCUCCAACAGCUGUACAUAGUACUUCUUUGAAUCAAUGGAGAAAUGGAUAUUCACCUACGUGUAAACCUCAAAUAAGGUCAGAAUCUUCUACACAACUGUUACAGGGAAGAAAGAAAAGACAUUUGAGUGAAACAGCUUUAGGAGAAAAAACUAGAUUUGAAGAAUUUGCUUUUCAACACACAGAACCAGGAUCCCAUAACCAUUUUACUCCUGUUUCUAAUGUUAACAUUAUCUCAAGAACCCAGAAUUCGUCAUCUCAGAAUACUGCACGAAGGAGAUUGAGAAGUGAGAGCUCUUAUGACAUAGAUAACAUUGUGAUUCCCAUGUCAUUAGUAGCCCCAGCUAAGUUAGAGAAACUCCAAUACAAAGAAAUACUUACUCCAAGCUGGAGGAUGGUUGUUCUUCAGCCUUUGGAUGAAUAUAAUCUAGGUGAAGAGAUAGAAGAUCUUUCUGACGAAGUCUUCUCCCUAAGACACAAAAAAUAUGAAGAGAGAGAGCAAGCCAGGUGGUCACUCUGGGAACAAAGCAAGUGGCACAGAAGAAACAGCAGAGCUUUCAGUAAGCACACUGAGGGACAGGACUUGCUUUUGAAAGAGUACCCCAGUGACUUCCAUAGUGGUCAACAAUAUGCUGCUGAAAGUACUCCGAAGUUUUCCUCAGAGAAUCAUGAUCUUUGUGCACAUGGCUCACCUUCUUUAAGUGAAAGUCAAGAAAUCAAGUCUCUGUGGUGGGACCGACGGGCUUUUCCACUGAAAGAUGAAGACACAGCAGCUUUAUUAUGCCAAGAUGAAAAAAAGGAUCAGACAGAAAAGUCAAGCACAGCUUUGCACAGUGAACUCUUCUGUGCCAGUGCAGAGAAUGGCCACCAUCCAAAAAAGCAGUCAGUUGGAAUGGAAGAGUACAAAACUUUUGGCCUGGGACUCAUUAAUGUUAAGAAAAAUAGGUGA